AUGCGGUACUCAGCUCUCGCGUUACCUGCCAUUGUGGCCAACUUGGCCGCUGCCCUGCCUCGGCCCCAGGAGAUUGACCUUGACAUGGUCAUCGCUGCUCCCGACCCGACAUAUACGCAGAUCCCAGGGUCAAGCGUUCAGAUCGUGACCUACGAUACCUCUGCAAUCCUGGCCGAGGCCACUGCCGCAGCUUCUUCGAUAUCUAUUGCGGCAACAAACGUCGCCACGGCCACUUCGGUCGCCAAUGUCAAGAGAAACGCCUGUGACACUCAGGCCGCUGGUGUCUAUACUUACCAGACUGACUCUGCUUCUGCCUUCAGGGCGGACCCGCGCUGGGCAUCCAUGGCGAGUAAUGCCCCUGUCCCUACCGGAUUUGUGCAGACGCAGACGAAUGCAAAUGGUGCCAACAGUGCGUAUGGUUAUCUCGGGUACCACAAUCUGGACAGCUACGACGUAAAUGCAUGCGCCGAUUUCUGCACCCACACCCUUGGUUGUAUGGCCUUCAACGUUUACGUCCAGAGAGAUGCCAGUCUAGAGCCUGCUGCCGCGUGUCCCAGUCCCUCCUCGGUCAUCUAUGCACGUUGUGCCUUGUGGGGAAGCCCUUUGUCCUCUGAUAGCGCUACGAAUACUGGGCCGAUGCGUGAGCAAUUCGAAGUCGUGGUUGCCGGAUCGAACGCUUACCAGAACAACACACUGGUCGUGCCCGCUGGCUUCGGCAUGAACGACGCACUCGGAGAUGCUGCUCUCACCGCUCCCUACGAUGGUCAAGGAUACAACACCUUCAUGGGAUCGACGAUUUUCACAAAGGGUACGUUUAGCAUUCAGGCCUGCGCGGAUUAUUGCUCUGCUCAGACCGCCUAUAAUGUGAAGCAUCCUGCAAGCGAUGGCAGUCCUCCUAGGAUUUGCGCCUCGUUCAACACGUACAUGUUAUACCUCAACAACGCAAGCACCCCUCAAGGCCAAUACUGUACUCUCUAUACCGAAGUCUGGAACUCAUCUUAUGCUACCAACAAGGGUCAGUACCGAGGCUCUGACCAUUACUUUGUGGCGUACUCUUUCACCUUUAAGAAUUCGACCAGUGUUGCCCCCGCACCAGGCCAAGGAGAUGUNCAAGGGGCUAUCUACCAGGCUCGUCAGGAUAUGACGUAUUAUCCUUCGCAGCUAACCUCGACCUUUGAGCCCUAUUGCUCGAGUCUGCUUGCGUAUUCUACUGCAGUCACCACUGUCACUCCGACAAGCACAAUCACGCCGAUCGCUACUGCAACUGCUGUUGUCACCCAAACAGCCGACGCUCAGAAGGUCAAACGUGAUGGCGUUGAAAACGUCCCGACUUCGAUUCUGCUGCCUUGGUUUGUGGUCUCGGCGGCUGCUGUUAGCCUUGACAAGCGUGCCACACCGACUCCGGCUGUGCUCACCAAGUAUCCUGUUGCUGUGCAGUCAGGUGCUUGUAGCUUGAUUGCCACACAACCGACGGGUGUUUCGACCGUCACUGCGGCUGUAGUUACCAUCACGGCCGCGCAGCAGACCAGCACUUCCACAUCCACCACCAUCGUCGCUGCUGCCACUGCUGCUGCGCCAUCAGCCGGUCUCAUACAAGUCCAGAAUUCUUCCAGCCCUUAUAACAAUCUAUAUGCACUUUUCGUCGCUCCCACCAUCACCCCUGGCACGCCCCUAAAACUCACCAGCGACAUUUCUCAAGCGGCAAACUUUUCACUCGCCUCGGACCACCGCCUCCUCUACGGAGAUGACCGCGAAUUGAUCUCCAACCCCGUCGAAUACCAAGGCUUGGGUUUGCCAUACAGCAUUUUGGCACUCGUACCCGUGGGUCUGUAUCCCGCUGGUUACCCACGUCCUGCGGUUAGUGUUGCUGUCAAUGGCACGCUAUCCAUCCGUGGAACGGGCGUUGGCGAUGUGCGCACCGUGUUGCAGGUUUGUGCUGAUAUACAGACGACGACGGGGACGGGAAUUUAUGGCAGCGGGCCNUUUUUCGCUUUCGAUACAAAGUUGUGGCCUGGAUGUGAGGUUGCGGAGAUUGCUUUUGUGUAG